AUGAUUUGGCUGCUCGCCCUGAUUAUGGGGGCCGUGUCCUUAAUUGCUGGACUGGCCCCCCUAUAUUUACACAUAAAUCAGCGAGAGAUAUCCUUGGUAGGAAGUGGAAUCAUCAUUGGAACCGCGUUCAUCAUCGUCAUUCCCGAGGGAAUGGAGUCGCUUUCAGACGCCGGUAUUCCACUGUCCACUGCCGGUUAUGCCGUGUUCAUUGGCUACAUGGUCAUGUAUAUCAUCGAUGCAUACUUUGAAAAGCCUAAAACUAGCCACGACCGUCUACCCAGUGUUGAGCUGCACGAUCUUUCAGAUUCUAGCCCAGAGCCUACGCCCAAGACAUCGGGCUCCUCCUUAUUCGUGGCACCUCUCAGUACGACAAGUCUCGGAAUGAUCAUUCAUUCUUUCGCCGACGGAAUCGCCCUGGGUGCGGCCUCGCAAGCAGAAUCAUCAUUGCAGUUCAUUGUGCUCAUUUCAAUUCUCGUGCACAAGGGCCCUGCUGGCUUCGGAUUUUGCACGGUACUGAGGCAUAUGGGGCUACCUGAAGCUACAAUUAAAAGAGAUGUCACCAUAUUUGCACUAGCUGCUCCUUUGGCAGCAGUUGCAACUACCCUGCUUGUAGGCGCGUCCGAAAACGCCCAGUGGUGGACCGGCGAGGGCCUUUUAUUUUCCGGAGGCACUUUCUUGUUCGUGGCAAUGCAUAUAGAGCCAGACAUCACAUGCAAAUCGCAUCUGUUGCUGGUAUUGCUGGGUACGGUAUUCCCUAUCGUAGCAUCGUUUUUCGCCGAUUGA